UUGAUAUGGCCCUUGAGAGGAAAAAGAUUCCCCACUCCUGCCCUCAAGAGUCCAGAUGCUCCAAAAGCCUUCAGUUACCUGUGUCUAAACCUGCACAGGAAGCAUUCACAUUGGUUUCAAGAACUGCAGCAUUGUGGGAGCCAGCCAUUCAGCCAUCCUUAUAAACGCAAAAGUCUGUCAAUGACUGACUGUGAGAGAGUGAGGAAAUCCCACUGCUGGUUACGUCUUUGCAUACGGGGGGAAAUACAGUUUUACAUUGCAAGGGUCCCUUUACAGAAGCAAUGGGAUGUUUCGCUUUGAUUUGUUAUUAACACCACUUUUAGUAGUAGUCACUUGUUACCAACCGAUGUUUAUCACACAUAGAAACUUUGGACAUUCAGGAGUGGAACAUUAAUUGAAAUAUUUUAUGUUGUUGAAUAAAACGUGAUUAUUUAAGAUAUCUUAUCAAAAACAUGUUGAAGCUAAGAGGAUAUGGUCAAAUGCUAACUCAUUUCAGGAUUUUAAGACUCAUUCAGUCACCGCUCUUUUGGUGGCCACAUUGAAACUGUACACUUUCACCUGAAAUGAUGAGGAUGAUAACUUUUUGAAGUCUUAGAUUUGAAACGGUCUUGCUUACAGAGUUCUACAAAAAAGUAAUAACUGCAAUAUCUUGGGUGAGAGUUCUACAUUACAGUAUUAUUUAUCAAUGAAAAACAACAAAAACCAGUAUAAAGAAAUUGUAUUUAUACUUCCAUCUCAAGAUAAAAGCAAUGUUGAAGUUCACCAUGUGGUCCUCCCGCCUCCCAUCCUUCUCUUUAACACUCUCUCCUUUUUAGCCGAUUCCAUCAGUUUUGAUGUAGAUGUGUCAGAGGUAAACAGCCAGGGACUUAGAGGUCAGAACUCACAGAUGUGCAAAAUGAGUCGCCAGACUGCCACCGCGCUGCCCACUGGAACCUCCAAGUGCCCCCCCUCCCAGCGCGUCCCCACCCUGUCAGGCACCACGGCCUCCAACAGCGACCUGGCCAGCCUGUUCGAGUGCCCCGUCUGCUUCGACUAUGUGCUCCCCCCCAUCCUGCAGUGCCAGUCCGGACACCUGGUAUGCUCGAACUGCCGGCCCAAGCUCACCUGCUGCCCCACCUGCCGGGGGCCCCUGGGCUCCAUCAGGAACCUGGCCAUGGAGAAGGUGGCCAACUCGGUCCUCUUCCCCUGCAAGUACGCCUCGUCGGGCUGCGAGGUCACCCUGCCCCACACGGACAAGACGGAGCACGAAGAGCUCUGCGAGUUCCGGCCGUACUCCUGCCCCUGCCCCGGGGCCUCCUGCAAGUGGCAGGGCUCCCUGGACGCUGUCAUGCCCCACCUGAUGCACCAGCACAAGUCCAUCACCACGCUGCAGGGGGAGGACAUAGUGUUCCUGGCCACGGACAUCAACCUGCCGGGCGCCGUGGACUGGGUGAUGAUGCAGUCCUGCUUCGGCUUCCACUUCAUGCUGGUGCUGGAGAAGCAGGAGAAGUACGACGGCCACCAGCAGUUCUUCGCCAUCGUGCAGCUCAUCGGGACCCGCAAGCAGGCGGAGAACUUCGCCUACCGGCUGGAGCUCAACGGGCACCGGCGCCGCCUCACCUGGGAGGCCACGCCGCGCUCCAUCCACGAGGGCAUCGCCACGGCCAUCAUGAACAGCGACUGCCUGGUGUUCGACACGUCCAUCGCACAGCUGUUCGCAGAGAACGGCAACCUGGGGAUCAACGUCACCAUCUCCAUGUGCUAAGAAAAACUUUGCAGAAAAAAAGAGGGUCAAAAAGUUACAGAUUGUCCGGGGGGCAUUUUUUUAAGGGGGGGUCAAAUUCGUUGUGACUUCACAGCGUCUCCUCCCACCCCCUUUCUCUGUCUCACCCCUUGAGACGUGGAACUGGACUGUCUGAUCGGGCAGCCAAGGGGUGGGGAUGGAUGGAUGGAGGAAUGGAGGAAUGCAUCAACACGAGGAAAAAAAACUGUGUAGUGAUGGACUUCUAAACAUAUAUAUGUGAGACGCAUGCACGCACAUGCAGGUCCCGCCCUCUCUCGGUCACCACACACAAACUGACGAGCUGUUCAGUCAAACACCGCGUUAGUCGCUGUCUACUUCCCCUCCGUUAUCCUCUGACAUUUUACACACUACAGCCCCGCCCUUCUCUCAGAGACGCUCCGGAACGUGCCGUGGCGGAUUCACACUGAGGAAGGCUCAAGCUAUAUCACAACACGGACUCCCGGUCAGUACGGUCUAACACCCCCCCCCCGCUGUUUGUAUUCAAACUCCCUCUUGGAUUAAACGCUCCACACCCGUGUCUUCAUCUAUUAGCGCCCGGGAUAUCGCAGAUUUGGGAUGUUUAUCUCCACCUGUGAUUGGACGGCUGUAGCACCCAUAGCUACCCAGUUAUGUGCCGGACUGCAGACGCUCCACAGAUCAUCCGUCACCCGCUCCACCCGAGGCUGAAGAUUGUGACGCUCUUUAAAUAGUAGAUCGCCGUCGUUGCUAGUUAUUCCUCCCGCUCUCACAUGGUAUGGAUUUAGGAAAGCCCCGCAGCUACACCGGCCCUGGAUUAUAAAAGAAAAUAAUACUUCAUGGGAGCGGACGGGUAAAAGAGGAAAACACACCCUGCAUUACAGGCUGCUGUGGAUGAGUUGAUCGCGUGUUGGAGCAUUUUGACCGAGGAUUGGAGGGGUCCUUUUUUUUUUUCAGAACAAGGAAAGAAAAACAUUUCAGUUGAGUCAGUUUUCUUUUGGGGUUUAUUUUUGGAGUCUGUUGUUUCUUUUUAAUUAUUUUAGUUGUCUUUUUUUUGUAAGAGAGGAGAGAAGAACUCCUGAUAUGUAUGUAUGUGUAUGUGUGUGUUGUGUGUGUUGUGUGUGUGUGUGCGAGAUGGACAUGUGGCAAAACGCCUGCUCUCUCUCUCCCUUCUCGCUCUUUCAUUUCUCCUCUGCCUCAACCACUGAUGACUGAACACCCAACCAGGAACGAGGGACAGUUUCUAUCGUUACAAUGUUGCUAUUGUUAUUAUUAAAUGGGGAUUAUCAUAAUUAUCAUUUUUUGUAACGACUUUUAAAAAAGAAAAAUUUAAAGGCAGUUGUAAAACUUGUGGCUAAACUUCAGUGUUUGUAGUUAAAAAGCAAGUUGUGUUGUUCUUCUGACGGUUUGUGCCCCCCCACCACACCCCCGCAACCGAGUUGGAUUGUUUUUUCCUCAUCUAUUUGUCUCUCCGUCCUCUUGUUUGUGUGGUAAGUCUUUUCUUUUUCUUCUUAUGUCUGAGGGAGGGAAGUCAAGCCAAUCAUCUCCCUUUCUCCUCAUGUGGAGUCUCAGUAAUGUCGCUGCUCCCCAUCAACUCCCUGACUUUUUUCUGUUUUAAUUUGUCAUUAAAUAAAUCUAUCUUUUUCAUA